CAAGGUGCGACUGGACCCCAGGGGUUAAAAGGCAUUCGAGGUGACCUUGGUGAACAAGGACCAAGAGGAGAAAGGGGUUCAAAGGGACCUACAGGUGAUGCUGGACCGAAGGUAAUUUAUGGAGAAACCGGAGAUAUAGGGUUAGAAGGAAGCAGAGGAUUUAAAGGAUUUCGAGGAGAAACUGGUGCGGUUGGAAAUAGGGGUCCAAAUGGUGAAGAUGGGGAAUUUGGUAGUCGUGGUGAGAAGGGUGAAUUAGGGAGCAAAGGACCCAGAGGCGAUCAGGGAUUUUCAGGAGAACGUGGUGAUAUUGGACCCGAAGGUCCCGUUGGAAACACGGGUGCUACUGGUACUACUGGUGACAGACUACGAGGCGAAGCAGGUGCUACUGGAGUUAUGGGUCCUUUUGGUUCCACUGGUCCUAUUGGAUAUGUAGGUGAUCGUGGUGAUAGAGGGUCUGAUGGUCUUACUGGUCCUGUUGGGCAACGUGGUGUUACUGGUGCCCGCGGUCCA